AUGGGGCCGUGGCUGCUGCCGCUCGGGUGUUUCGCGCUGCUCCUGCCGCCGCCCGGCGCCGCCGAGUUCAGCCCCUCCCUGGACAGCGACUUCACCUUCACCCUUCCCGCCGGCCGCAAGGAGUGCUUCUACCAGCCCAUGCGGAAGGAGGCCUCGCUGGAGCUCGAGUACCAGGUUCUAGAUGGAGCAGGAUUAGAUGUUGAUUUUCAUCUACUGUCUCCAAAAGGUGAAACUCUAGUUUUUGAUGAAAGAAAAUCAGAUGGAGUUCAUACGGUGGAAACAGAAGAUGGGGAUUACAUGUUCUGCUUUGACAACACAUUCAGUACCAUUUCAGAAAAGGUGAUUUUCUUUGAACUGAUCCUAGACAAUAUGGGAGAAGAUGGACAAGAUCAGGAAGACUGGAAAAAGUACGUUACAGGCACAGAUCUCCUAGAUAUGAAAUUGGAAGACAUUCUGGAAUCCAUCAACAGUGUCAAAGCCAGAUUAAGCAAAAGUGUCCAGAUUCAGACGCUGCUCAGAGCAUUUGAGGCUCGUGACCGAAAUAUACAAGAAAGCAACUUUGACAGAGUGAAUUUCUGGUCCAUGGUCAACUUGGGAGUAAUGGUGGUGGUAUCAGCUGUUCAGGUUUACAUGUUGAAAAGUCUCUUUGAAGACAAGAGGAAAAGUAGAACUUGAUACUCAGUAUGAUCAUAACAAUAAAACAGUUAUGGGGGGGAGAGGGGGAGCAAUAAACUACUACAGUAAAGAAAAAAACCCACAGCACCUUUCGGAUUCUUUUGAACAAGCAGUAGACAUCAGGUUUUCAAUCCAUGUUGGGCGUUUUGGUGGUGGUCUUGUUUUUGGAGGGUUUUUUUGUGGUUUAUUUGGGGUUUUUUCAACAUGAACAGAAUGCCUUGCCCCAAGCACUUCCAUUUUUGCAAGUGCUACUAAUUUUUUUUUUACUUGUAGUAUUUGUUAAUGAUUGUUAAUGACUAACUUAUGCAUAGCACACAGGAUGGUUGGUGCAUAUGCAAAUGUUAAUACUGUCAUUUUUUUCAGGUUCACAUAAAACUUUAAAUGGUAACUUAGACAUUGAUUUAUUUGCUGUUAAACAUUGAGUGAAUUUACAUAUGUGCCUAAGUGUUUACAGGAUUGGGGCUCACAGGUGUAGUCUGUAGUUACUGUCAUUUAUCUUCAAAGCUAUGUUUUUAAAAAUCCUCAGCUUUUGUUAUACAGCAUCAAGGAGAAACACUGGGCUAACAUUGUGAGAACAAGAUGAGAACUCUUUAUAUACAGAUGACUAAAUGUCAGCACUUUAAAAAAGCACCAUCAAUGUGAAAUUGAGUCAGUGUUGAAAAGAAUUGGAGAAAACAGGUGCAAUACCUGUUCAUAAAUCUUCAUCCUGUAGUUGUACAACCCUAUUUUCCUUUUUUGGUUGUUAUAUGACAUUCAAGAGACAAGUGACUAUGGUAUACAAAGAAAUGCACACACAUCUUGAAGUAUGGAUUGUGAACUCUUAAGUUACUGUAACCUCAUACAAUAUAAUUUUCAAGAAGCCAUUCCUCAUAUUAUUCUUUCCCUUUAUUAAGGUGGGGGUGUCACAGUAUGUGAAAACAUAACCUUAAGAUUAAUUUUUGUAAUUUCAAAAUCCCCCUUAUUUGCCAAUUUAUUUUUUGUUUUUGUCUACUACAUCUAUGACUAAUGUAACAGUUAAUAGGGUGACUUACACAGGCAUGAAAAACCAAAGCUGUUAACCUAAACUUUCCCUUUUUGCUCACCCUCGCAAGUCUUUCAGCUGUGUAAGUAAGUGCACUCGGUUCAUAGGAGCAGUGUUUCUGUAUCUAGCUAUUCAUGAGUAAGGCAUUAAUUACCUGAGCAGAAAGUACAGGCUUCAAAUGUUAAGAUCAACCGAAUAUGUAAUACUACUUAACUAAGGCAAAGCUAUCCUCAAAUCAGUAAUCUGUAAUUUCUAGAUGAAGUGGCUUUUAACAGUGUAGUGAGGGGAUACAGAAUUUUUGCCAAAACCCCUGGUGUGUGAGAAUUAACUUUUAAUAGUUCAAAGUUAGUCAUUUUUAUAAUGUGCCAAGUCACUGAAGUUUCCUGUAUAAAUGUGUUAAACUACAUUUCACCAUAAGAAAGUGUUUUUAAAAACACUUUCUUAAAAAACACUUUUUAAAAAAAGUCUUUUUAAAAAAAGUGUGUGUGUUAGUUUCUGCCUGUUGUUGGGUUGUCCAGUUAUGAACAGCAGAAUUGCAACUUUGAGACUUUCUGUGAUUAAAAAUUACUUUAAGGAGACAAAACAGGGUCAA